GGAAAAAAACCUUUACUUUUUCCGUUCUGAAACAGAAACAAACGAUCAUCAGUACAAUUAAAGAGAAAAAAAAACAACAGAGAAUUUUUUUCUCACAUUUUCCUUCACUUUCUCGAGAAAAUGUCAGCCUGCAGUAAAAUACGUUACAUUGUUCGACUCCGUCAAAUGCUACGGAGGUGGAGGAAGAAGGCUGCAGCUCGCCGUGUACCGUCCGAUGUACCUUCCGGACACGUGGCAGUCUCCGUAGGCACCAGUUGCAAAAGAUAUGUGGUCCGCGCGACGUACCUGAACCAUCCAUUAUUCAAAAAGCUCCUCUCACAAGCCGAAGAAGAAUUCGGUUUCACAAAUUCAGGCCUAUUAACAAUUCCUUGCGACGAGACAUUAUUCGAGGAAAUACUCUGUUACUUGGCCCGAUCCGAAUCCGAUAAGAACAACGUCGGAUGUUUCAUUAAUUUUGAGGAUUUUCAGAGAUAUUGUUGUCAUAUGGGAUUAAGAAGCAACCUUGAUUUCUGGGCUGAUUCGAGACCACUAUUGAAUGGCGUCUCAGACAAGUCCAUUUGGUAAUUAAUUUUCCAAUGGAGAUGAAAUAAAGAUACGGCUGAUUUUGACCCGGGUUCGACUCGUCCGAGUUAAUUCGCCUGCACAGUUAUUAACUCACUUGACUCGGUUGGUUGAUGGGUCCAGCUGCUUUUUUUUUUUUUUUAAUCUCUUUUUAUUUACUAAUUGAGGGGAUUAUUCUUUGCUUACCAGGACUAAACUUUGCUGGUAAGUUUAAGGUUUUUCUUAUAUAAUUUAACUUAUAAAUAUUGAUA